AUGGGUCAGGCGUGGAUCGACCCCACAGACGAGAAGACCGGCAAAGUCGGCCUAGGCAACGACGUCGCUGCCGUGGCCGAGGUCCGGAGAGGCCUCCGCGACGCACAGUAUGCAAUGUGGCAUGCCAACGUGCAGGCGGGCCGGCGCGCCCCCGAGACUGCGCACCUCGAGGUGCUGCGGGCCGCUCGGCACGUGGGCCGCCGCGUGCGCAGCGGCUCGGCCCGGGCGAAGGCCUGCGAGCGGCGCACGCCUCCGCCCAUGGCGCGCCCGCCGCGGAACGACUCGCUGGGCUGCCCAAAGGUCGCGCCGGGAAGCUUCAAGGCGGAGUGCCUGCUCAAGGGGCGGCCCUGCAUCCUGCGCGGGCAGGCCGCCGCCUUCCUGCGCAGGCGCGAGGGCGGCCUCGGGUCGCUCGACCGGUGGCUGGACGUGGCAGCAAACGCGACGGUGUCCGUGGCCUUCCCGUUUCCCGCGACGCAUCCAGACGGCAUGCCCACGCUGAACUCGAUCCAGGAGACGGCAAAGUUCCUCGCCCAGGACGACGUGCGGCUCGACCUGGAGCGGAUGGGCCUGCCAGCGGCCGACGCCGAGGAAUUCCCGUGGACGUUGGUACGGCCGGCCACGUGGGCCAUGAGGCUGCAGGACGCGGUGGCGUGGGUGCGCACGGAUCCGCAGGAGGUAUACAUGAACCAGGCCAUGGUGGCCGACCUCGGCUCUGCUGCAGUGGGGGAGCUCAGGGAGCCCCGCUGGGUCGCGAAGGCAGGCCUGCGGCUGCUGAGCCCGUCCUUGUGGCUGAGCUCGGGCGCGGUGACCACGGGCUUCCAUACGGACGGCCCCGACAACCUGCUGGUGCAGCUCUCCGGCAGGAAGGACGUGCUGCUCUCGCGGCCCUCUGAGCAGAAGAACCUCUACUAUUUGCCCGCGUUCGACGUGCAAGCAGGCAUGCGCUUGGAGAAUGGCACCGUCCGCUCGUCGGGGGUUCGAAAGGCGAACCGCACGAGCUCAGGCAUCGCACGUUCUCCUCUGUUGCCUUUGUGUGCUCGUCCUCGCUGGUCAGCAGCACGGUUGCCGCGACUUCAUUAUUUGUCCAUGCCAGGUCUCGAGAUAAGUUGA